UGCAUCAGCACGCAGGCGGAGUGCGGUGUGAGGGCAGGACUCGGACCGGCUCUGGGCACCCCCAAACCUGAUACAACCCUGCCCCCCCCGCCUCUCGUCCCCGGCGCUGGCGGGGACCCGGCCGGGGGGUCGGGGGAAGCGAAUAGCGGCGGAACUUCCCCUCCUCGGCGGCGCUUGUUUCCUCCGGCAACUCAGCGAGCCCGGUCCGCCUCUGGCUGCGGGCGCGACUCCGGGAUCCCGGCUGGUGAGAGCCCCGGGAGCCGCCUCCCUCCCCGCCGCGUUUCUAGAAACCACCAAGAAGAAAGUCCAUCAACUCGGAGACUCAGCAACAGUAAGAAGAACCGCCAGAGUUCAUGGCUGGACUCGGAAAGAAAGAAAGCUGUUUCAGUUUGUGUGAUUGGAAGAGAAGGGAUUUCUGAGAUGAUGGAGCCCCUGUCCAAUUCAAUGUCUCAGAUCUUCCACCACCCAGGACCACAACUGAGCUGUGACCUCAGAGAGAAACUGCAGUAUUCACGGCAACUAGAUCUUCCUGUGCCUUAUUUGUUUGUUCCUUAUGAUAAGGGGAAUGAAGGAGACCAGGAUAUGGUGGCCUUGCUCCGUAGGUUUGGCUUUAUGAUGCCAGUGACGUUUGAGGAGGUGGCCGUGUACUUCUCUGAAGAUGAAUGGGCUCUUUUGGAUGAAAAGCAGAGGGAGCUCUACAGAGAUGUCAUGCAGGAGAAUUACGAGACUCUCCUCUCAUUGGGGUUUCCUGUUGCUAAACCAGAUGUGCUGUCCCAGAUGGAGCAAGGGGAAGAGCCAUGGUUCCCAGAUCUCCAGGGCUCUAAGGAAAGGGAGAACCCAAGAGGCACUAGCACUGGUGCUGGGACGGUGAGUGAGAAGGAGAAAAAAGCCCCAAAAGUAGUAUCUACAGGAGCAGAACCACAAAGGAUGUUCUCAGGGAGACUCUGUUGCCUUGAAUGGGGAGAUGCCAGUGAGAGUCAGGGCAGGACAGGGAGGCACUGGGAAGACCCUCCAGGCAGGAGCAAAUCCACUCAUAGCAAAAGAAGUUUAGAGAAAUCCAAAGACACCAGCACCCACCAGACAGCCUGCACGGGGAAGAGCCCAAACACAGGUACUGAACCUGAUGAAAGUUUCAAUAAAUGCUCACUCCUCGUUAAGCAUUGUCAGCAAACUUGUGCAGAAAAGAGUGCCUACAAGUGUAAUGAAUGUGUCCAAAGCUUUUCUCAACAACAGUGCCUUCAGAUACAUCUGAGAAUUCAUACAGAGGAGAGACCCUAUAAAUGUAAUGAAUGCGGGAAAAGCUUCAGACACAAGACAAGCCUUGUUCUUCACCGUUACACAGUCCACAAGUUGGAGAGACCCCGUAAGUGUCCAGUGUGCGGCCAGCUCUUUAUCCUGAGAGAGAGAUUUAUUCAGCAUCAGAGAAUCCACAACGAAGAGAUGCAUAGGAGGUUUAAUGAUGGGAUUGUGAGUGAGAACAAGGAUGAGCAUCCUCAACAGAAAAAGCCAGUGGGAGCGGAGACUCAUGAGGCAUCUCAGAGAUGUGAACUGGCAGAUGCUGGUAAGAGUCGGGGCAGGAGAGGACAGCAGCGAGCUUACCCUGCAGGGGGGAAAGACUGUGAAUCCGCUGUAUGUGAAGGAAGUUCUAAGAAAUUGAACCGCACCAUUGCCUACCAGGGAACUAAGGUGGGAGCACAGCUGAAUACACAAAGUAAUAGUAAGAGAAGCUUUAGUAGCUGCACAGCCCCUGACCUGCAUCAGAAAAUCCACCCAGAUGAGAAACGACACAGCUGUGCUGAGUGUGGGAAAAGCUACCGCCGGAACUCACACCUCCGAAGGCAUCAAAAAAGCCACACGGGAGAGAAACCUUAUGUAUGUGCUGACUGUGGGAAGAGCUUUGGACGGAAGUCGAUACUCAGUAAACACCUACGGACGCACAAAGAGGAGAAACCCUAUAGCUGUGCUGGCUGUGAAAAAAGGUUCAGUGAGAGCUCAUACCUUGCUCUGCAUCAGAGAAUCCACACAGGAGAGAAACCCUAUCAGUGUCCUGACUGUGACAAAAGCUUCAGGCUGAAAGGGGACCUUUCCAGUCACUGUAGAACCCACACGGGGGAAAAACCCCAUAAAUGCACUGAAUGUGGGCAAGGCUUUGGGCGGAAAUCAACCCUGACUAAGCACCUGAGGAUCCAUACUGGGGAGAGGCCCUAUAAAUGUCCUUAUUGUGAAAAAAGCUUUCGUCAGAAGUUCACCCUUUCCCAGCAUCAGUUAGUGCAUCUUGAAGAGAGACCUCACAAAUGAACUGAAUGUGGGAAAAGCUUUCAUCAGAAAUUCACCCUUAGCCAGCCACAGUCAGUGCACCAGGGAUAGAGACCUCACAAAUGUACCGAAUGUGGGAAAAGCGUCAAUCAAAAACAAAAGCUUGUUAUACCCUUGGUAAACCUCCAUGUGAAAAAGAAACCCAAUAGAGCAAGUGUAA